CGACAAGUGAUUUUUUUCCCUCGACGUUGAACAAAAUUCAGCAGCGCGUGUUCCCGAGUUUACACAUCGAUACGGUUUUCUAAUAUCUUGUCUAGCAAUGCAAUAGUUUCUAUAAAAGUUAGCGAAACGUGUACAUGGGGAGAUUUGACGUGUUGGACAUUUGUUUCGAACUGGUAGAACAUUAGACCUAUACAUAUUCAAACAUAGAAGGAUCAAGUUUUCUUCAUAAAUUUAUUUUUUGAUCUGUCCAUCGUUCCAUCGUUAUCAUCAAUGCGAAUGACAACAGACUUCUUCGCGAGCAAAUACCGCGCUUAUGUUCUCGCUUUUAGUUUCCGCCUUGCCUUCGUAAACUUCGGUUGGAUAAGAUAGUACCUACUUGCGAAUUAAUUGGAUUUCUGUUGUCGCUACAGUGCGCCGAUGUUAGCGGCAAGAUUGAUUAAUCAAAAUGAUGGAACUCGUAAUGACGGUUUUAAAAAUCGCCUACGGUUUGAUUGUGUUCUCAAUCAAGGGCAAAUAUCUUAAGCUGUGGCCGAAUGCCAAUCGACCAAUCGUAACGGUCCGCCAAGGAAAACUUCGUGGAAUAACUGCGCAGCUACCGAAUGGUUCCCGAUAUCACUACUUCAAAGGAGUGCCGUACGCCAAGCCACCCAUAGGAGACUUACGCUUCAGGUCUCCGGUUCCGCUUGACAGUUUCGACAGGCCGGUACUUGAUUGUGCAAUGGAACGGAGCGAUUACAUACAACGUGAUUUGUUCACCAACCAAAUUAGGGGAUCGGAGAGAGGGCUCUAUUUGAAUGUUUUCGCACCGGACUUUACAAUCGAUGAUGACAGAAUGUUUCCAGUGAUGAUUUACAUCCACGGUGGCGGCUUCUCAGCUGGAUCCGGAACCAGCUUCUUCUAUGAUCCAGUUUAUUUUGUUCAGGAAGGUGUAAUCGUGGUAACACUAAACUACCGAUUGGGUCCUCUUGGAUUUCUCAGCUUUCCUAGCGCCGGAAUUGCUGGCAAUGCUGGUUUGAAGGAUCAGCUGCUAGUGUUCAAAUGGGUUAAAGAGAAUAUUGCUCAAUUUAGAGGAGAUCCCAAUAAUGUAACAGUGUUUGGAGAAAGCGCGGGCAGCAUGUCGGUAUAUUUACACUACCUUUCAGAGAAUUCCAGUAAAUAUUUCAAUCGAAUAAUAUGCCAGAGUGGCAUUCCCAGUACCGAAACUUUUUUCCAAAUAGCUGGAGAUGAGAAGGCUCGAAAGCUGGCUAAACUUCUUGGAUAUGACGGUUCUUCAGAUGACGAAGCUUUGGAAACGCUGCUGAAGGCACCGGCAUAUGAUCUCAUUAAACAUCAGCACAAACUGCUAACAAAAGAGGAGGAUCGAUAUGGCUACAAAAUUCCUUUUACGCCAGUGAUUGAGACCUUGCAAUCCGAAGAUAGUAUAAUAACAGAAACUCCAGAGAGAAUUAUUAAAUCGUCACGAUCUUUAGAAAAACCAAUCAUUGAUGGAUGCAACAGUGGAGAAGGAAUAUUGACUCUGUUUCUAAUGAAUGGACAACACGACUUGGGCAACACAGAACCAGACCGUUUCGUCCCAAUAUUUUUGAACACUCCUCAAGACCUUGACCGAGAGGAGCUGGGUAGGCACAUAAGAAAUUUCUACUUUGGUGACAAACCGGUGUCGAAAUCUACAGAUAAUCAACUGUCAGAUGUUAUGUCUGACAAUUACUUUAUAACAAGUUCAGUGAUCAAUGCGGAAUGGUUGGCCAAGUACCAGCCCAAAGUGAAACAUUAUCACUAUCGCUUUACAUUCGACGGUCGGUUCAGCCUGUCGAAAAAGCUUUUCAAUCAAACACACGUAGACGGUGCAUGCCACGGAGAUGAUGUUUUCUACAUGUUCAGUCCGUUGUACUUGGCCAAACUACCAGAAGAAAGCGCAGAAUGUUCCAUUAGAAGUACAUUUGUCAAACUGUGGACAAAUUUUGCGAAGUACGGAGAACCAUCGCCUGACCAUGAGGAUUUGCGGUUUAAGUGGAAGCCAGUGUCUAAAACGAUUGACAGUAAUGCCGAAUUUAAAUUGGACUGUUUGGAAAUAAAUAUGGUUCCUAAAAUGAUCGAAGAUCCUUACCCAGAGCGAAUGAAAUUUUGGCGGAAUUUGAUAAACACUUAUCGAAGCGGAUAUCUGUGAUAUACGGCUUGAUGUUAAACGCGAUACACAAAUAAAGGCCGUUGAUAUAACCAUCGAAUAACUUAAAUCACUUGAACUCUAUGGUAUGGUUCAUGCACAGACAAACAGACGUAACAGCUUGAAUAUUUUUCUGAAAAAUCCAUCCUAGAGUGAUAUGUCAUACUCAUUUUUUGAGAUUUGUGCUAACGUAAGAACUGUAUCACACACACAAAACGCGACGCGAGACUGGACACAACACUUAUGGUUCUUAAAAAUCCUUUUUCGUUUGUAAGAACCAUAAGUGUUGUGUUCAGUCUCGCGUCGCGUUUUGUGUGUGUGAUAUGUCAUACUCGAAGGAUUACGACGCUGGCGCCUCUAGUUGUGAAACGCGCAAUCAAUCAAAUUCGAAUUGAUCGUUGAAGUCAUGAUCGAUGGUAAUUUCUCUAGUGUUACGUCUGUUUGUCUGUGGUUCAUGGUUCCAAGAGUAGCUGAACGUCGGUUGUUAUACAUAGAAAGCAUAGAGGUAAUAAAUUGUAACAGAA